AUGGCUACAGCGAUGGCUUCUAAACCUCCGGCAGUCGACCCAGCAGAUGUGUCAGAAGAUGAGCAAGAAACUCCAAUUUACUUGGAGACGCCAUCUGUUCCCAAACCACAAAAACCCGUCAAGAAGGCCACAGACAUUGACUGCUGGUCUAUGAACCUUGAUGCCUUCAUUCUCAACAAACACAUCUUCAACAAAGAGCACUUUAUCGCGCCACUAAACAGGCCAGACAACUCCUCAUUUCUGGCUGGGGAAUUCUCAGCGCCAGAUGCGAUCCCCAAUGUUGACAUUGAUGGAGCGUAUCCGUGGUACUCAAACUCGCGCAUUGCGGAUAUCACACAAACACCAGAAGUCGAUAAGGAUGAUAAAAAUAUAUAUGAUCGCAUGUUGCGUAAUGAGCGAUUGGGCGUCUAUCUUCAUUGGACGCUGCCGCAGCAUUUCCGUAAUGGAAAAACAAAGGAUACCGACGAUGAGAAGGCGGGAGAUGUUACACAAACACAUGUGCCAGACCGUUGGAUAGUCUUCAGAUGCAUCACUGAAGCUUCUGAGCCUGGUGCUCCAGCAUUAGCGGCUUUUAUAGUUGAGAGCAAUCGCAUCCGCCAUUUCGGCGGACACUUUGACCCAUCCACAGACGACACGUUCGAUGUCGAAACGGAAGCCUCUCCAUUCAUCGACCAAGAUGUCUCAGUGGAAAAGCAGGUCGAUGUGUUUAUGGGUAUGAAGCGCAAAUUCGACGAUGAUUGGAAUGACCCUGAUCCCAAUGGUCUUUACCACUCGCCGUUAGCAUUGCUGGACUCUGCCAAUCCUCUGUUCCCAGACUUUCAGCAUCAUAACUCAAAUAUCUUUUCAAUUCACGAUGAUGUUAGCUGGAAAGAUAGUGCAGGCAAGAUCAUCCAGCCUGCGUCUGCGACUAUCUCGUACGCUGUCUUUGGCUAUCAUUCAACAUUUCACGCGGAACAUGAUGAGAAGAAGUCUAUUACCCACGGUGCCAUGUACAAUGUCAAGUGGACAAGAGAUAAGGCGCCCGAAAACUCCGAGGCCCUCAACAUCGCCAGGAAUGUGAGCGAUAAGCAGCCUAUAGCUAUGGGAUCAGACUCGCUGGAAGCGCUUGAAGCAUACCUCCAUGCUUUACCAGAAAGCCCCGUGGAAAAGACAGCAGCUAAUCAGAGUCUGGAGCCCAAGCGCUGGAGCAACAACGACUGGAUUGCGCUCAUAGACGAAAUGAAGAUGGCAAUCGGACAAUCCGGUCAAGGUGGACUUCUCGACUCUCACGUACCGCAGAACCUCAGAGCAGGUUUCAAACCUACAGACGGGGGCAAGAAAUGGCGCUUCAAUAACGACAAGGUCUCCGCGGACGGAAACGACCAGCCCAUCAAUCCCAACAAAAUGAAGGAACUGCAUGUUCCUACCGCGAACGAAAUGAGAGACUUGCUCAAAGCGGAUAGGUUCCAAGCAUAUAUAGAUGCUCUAGACCGUCAGGAAGGAUAUCUUCGCCAUCGGCUCUUCUGCGAGUGGUGGAAGCGUCGUGCUCGUGUACCAGGAGGUCGAUGGGCGGAGCCUUCAAUUCGCGCGGAAUGCAGCAAAAGAAUUCGCGAUGAUCUAGCAGCUUUGAAGACUGUCAGAGAUUUGCGCAGUAAGUACAAUCAGGAUCAAGUGCCUGCAGAUUUGGAAAAGAUGCACGCCACUGCUCGAUCAGAGUUCUUUAGCCGUACGUCUCCUUCAAUUGUCAUGGGCGGACUCGGCACAGCUUGGCCUUCAGAGUUUCUCGUCAAGAAGAACAAUGAGGCUAGGCCGCUGAGCUCACUGCCGUUUACUGGCCAGCAAGGAGCCAAAGUGGUACAGGAAUGGCUGAAGGAACUGGUCGGAGCCAAGCCAGGGGAUGCGAAUAACCAGCUGUGCAUGGUCCACGGCAUGAAGCUCUUCUUCCAGAACCCAGAAUUGGUCAAGAAGAUCGCCGAUGCGCAAAAGUCGAACAAGGGCCUCAUGCGACUUCCAGCCCUGUUUGAGUCUAUGGACAGCCUCAAUGCUCUCAAUUAUACGGCUCCAGGCUGGGUCCGUGUCGGAGUUGAUGCGCUGAUGCAAGAGUGGGCAUAUGCCUUGAGCAUCGGCGAUCCAGAGAAGAUGAAGGAGCCCAGACCUGCUUACUACAACAAAGCAGAUACUCACUGGAAUGAUACACAGCCCUGCCGUGUGUUAUUCCUAGAGUGGGAGGUUGAGUACUACCAUCUACCGAAGCGAUUCUGGACGUUGCAGAGGUUGAGCGAUGGCACGGCCGACUACAGAAUCGCACCGGGUGUCAACAUCUCAUCCUUUGACAUGAUGGACCUUCACAAACGCGCUGUCUCGGGACGAAGCAUUCUGCGCCCCAAUGCUGAGUGGGCCAUGACAACGCUGGCACAGCAGUUGCUAGACAAAUUGGAUAAUGAGUCUCUCAAGGAGAAAGCAAAUCUAGCAGGUGGAAAGACCCAGAUUCUUUCCCAGCUAGAAAAGUCAUUGAAGAGUCUUAACCUCGUAUCUGGAAAUCUUGAUGGCUUCACAGAUCAGCUCCUGACUCUUCAUGGUGGAAUCCACGUUUCCCCAUACAAAUCCGAGACGCAUCCUCCACGCAAUGAAAAAGAGAAAUCACUUCUCGAAGCAUUGCUGAAGUCUGAAAAUGGUCACGAUGUCACUCCAUUCGGAGAAGAUGUUUGUUCCAUCGACAAGGCAGAGCGGGACUUCAAGCCUGUCACUCACGGCCAAGCACGGUUCACAAAGUUCAACAUCGUCGAUAAAUUCGGCCAGGUCGUCUCACCGAUCCAUACACCGGAUGUCAUCAACAAGACCAAGCCUCUAUAUCCCUGUCUCGGACGCACAAUCGCGUGUCAGCCGAACGAAGCAGAGGGUGGAGGCUUUGCCAACAGUGUGGAACUAGACAAGGAGCACUGCUCGCAGUUUUUCCAACUCGGCCAUCGCAUCAAUCAAGACGCGAGACUCAACGUUCAGUUCGUGGUGAAUUCCGCUGAUGCUUCUGCGCAUCACGAGACAACGCAGUUCUUCAGUGGUGAUUUUGAAUCAGGAAUCGGUCAGAGACACCAUGUCUGGCGCCCUACCACAGAGUACGAGGAUCCUGUCUGGGGCUGGCUUAUGCUUGACUUUCGCACUAUGGGCAUCCAAGUCUACAACGCUGCUGGUGAGAGUAUGGGUGAAGCUCUGGUGCCGGAUAAUAUCCACGGCAAGGCAUAUUGGCAGGUUCACUACGCCGAGGGUGACAUGUCUGAAGCAGCCAAUGAGUCGUCGCAAUUGCAACAGCUCAUGAAGCGCAUGUCUGACGCCAAGUUCCUCGUUGGUCUGUGGGCAAUGCUUGCUGAUGCGUGUCAAAACAUUUACAACGACCCUUUGACAGGCGAUGCGCAGAUGCUCAAUAUGGUCGGACGGCCACUUGCGCUCGUCAAUAUCGGCAUGAACCUUGAGCUUGCUACGCCUGUGAUGCAGUCGCAGAGCUAUCAAGACUUGUUGAAGAAAGAGGAGAUCAAACUCGAUGAGUACAAAUUUGAGGUCCUUCUUGGCGACAAGUCGAAUCUGCGUGAUGGACUCAUCGGCUACUUUCCUCCAUCGCCAGAGCCAUCUCCACCAGUCGAGCCCGCUCCCAUUCCACAGCCUCAAGACCGCGUCACAGACAAAGUCCCCGACAUCAAUUGCGUCUAUACCGAGUUUGGUUAUCCAGGACGUAACAUCGUCGCGGGUGACAACCAGAAACCAGACUCGUUCGCCUCGCCCAGCUCGAGCAAAGUGUACCUCUCCCCUAUGCAUGUCGAUCCCUCGAAGUGUAUCCCCGAUCCUUCCAAAGAAUACGCCAAAGAAUACGAUGCAGCUGCAGCUUACCACCGUGGCAUCUGGAAUCAUCCUUCAACUGUUGUCCUGGGCGCUAUCGUUGAUCCCUACCAACCCGUUCAUAUCGCUACUGGUAUUCUGCCAUCUACAACACUAAAGCUUCCCCAGUGGAUCAUCGACCAGACUCUCAAGAAACUACGCAUCCUCUUGCGCGGUGGACCUGUCCUCACACGAUCAGACCUUCCAGGUAUUGACACCAGCCUCGACUCAUGGAAGAAGCCUAUGAACCAGACCACGGCUGAAGCAUGCAUUCCCGCCCUAACGGACAAGGGCGAGUGGUCAUGGCUACAGCCUAAUCUGGCAGCGUAUACCUUGCCUGGAGAUGAUGAUGAGUACCUACCCCAGUUCGUGCCUUACAACUUGAAGUCGGCGCCUUCAGACUACCCUCUAGAAAUGGGUCCGCAUACGGUGCUCGAGGGUUUCUACAAGUUCGAGCUAUCUCAGAUGAAGCCAAAGGCGGAGUUGAGGCCUGGCAAUCCAGCAGAGGGUGGCGACGCAAAGCAACAAACAGAAAUGAAGAAGUAA